AUGGAAAUAGUGAAAACCAUAAUUCAUCCUAAAUCUCAUGAUAAUAUAAGCAUUGAUGAGGAGGAAAAGCUAGUUCCAGAAGUGGGCAUUUGGCUCAAAGAAAUCGAUUCUGUAUAUUUAACGUUCCUAGUUCUAUCUACUUUAUUCACAGUCACUGUGAUAUUACUAGGAACUUUACAUCUCUACUACGUUUUGAGAUAUGUAAGUAAUGACAGGAUCCAAACAGAUUUAUAUUAUUUAGUUUUUAUGUUUCCCAUAACAUCAUCUUGUGGAUUAGCUGGCAUGUAUAUACCAAGAGCUGCCAUCUUUCUGUAUGCUGUUUCUUUGGUAUAUUUCAUGUUUUGUCUGUUCGUAAUCGUAUCUCUACUUUUCAAUAUAUUCGGUAGUCGGAAAGAAAUGUCUGAGUACCUACAACAAAACAAUAUUAUGAUCUCAUUCAAAGUCCCCCCCGUUUGCUGCUUGAGUUGUUUGCCAAAAGUUAUUAGCUCGGACGAAAACCUGAGAAGGAUCGAAUGGCUUGUUUUCCAAACACCUAUCAUUCGAACGACAUUGGAACUCAUAAGUGUGGUGGUCUUCAUGGAGUUAGGACAUCGUCACAAUAUGUGGUUCAUGUUUUCACAACUGUUCGGACUGAUUUCAAUGUGCGUCGCGUUCUAUGGAUGUUACAUUAUAGUUCCACUAGGAAGAAAGAAGCAUACACCAUAUCGAUUUGAUUUCAUCUUUCGAGUAGUUGACAUAGCGCAAUGCAUUUACACUAUCCAAAAAUUUUGUUUCGACUUUGCGUCUGCUUUUGAUCUUAUUGCACCCGACCAAAAUUUAACUUCAGCUGCAAAAGCACAAUUUUGGUCAUCCUUUAUGAUGACAUGGGAGAUGAUGCUUCUAUCUGCUUUAACAACAUACUGCUUGAGACCAUCAAAAACGGUCCUAUUCGACAAAUACUCCGUUAUUGAUGUCACCACGUCAACCUCGUCUCAGCCACAAGUUGAAGUGGACAACACUAUGAACAUAAGGAACAAAACCGAAGAACACUUUGAUGAGAUAGCCUGA